GCCAGUGAAGCCCCGGAGCCUCUCGGGCCAUGGACCGGGCGGCCUCCCGGCAGCCCCUGGCCCCCAAUGCGGCUCCCGAAAGCGCCUCCCGGCUGCCCCGGCCGGGCUUGCGGGGGAAGCGCGCGGCCGCGGCGGACGAGAACGCGCCCCCGGAGCCCCAGAAACGGGCGCGGACCGGGGCGGCCCCGGCGCCGAAGUGCGCGGCGUCCCAGCAGGUCCAGGCGAAUGCAGCCCCCGGAGGAUCCCGGCCCCGAGCGGCCCCUUCGGCUCCCCGCGGCCUCCUGCGCGUCUCCGGACGACGCCGAUCCUCGGCCCGGGCCACCAUCGCCGCCCUCCCAGCCGGCCCUUCCGCAGGGCUGAAGCGCCGGGCGGCUGUUCUUGCGGAGCCUCCCAAGCCAGGACCCCCGGCUGCGGCCCCCGGGGUCGGGCGAGAGCGGAGGCGAGCCCCCUGGGACCUGAAGGGCCAGAUCAGCGACCUCCAAGCCAAGGUGGCCGCCUACAAGGAGCGGGUCCAGGGGCUGGCCGGGGAGAACGAGACCCUGAAGAGCCAGCUGGGGAGCCUGCAGCAGGAGCUGGCAGAAACCACCGGCCGGAACGGAGAGCUGAGCACCCGGGCCAGUCUGCUGGCCUCGGAACUGCAGGGCUGCCGAGAGCAGGCCAGGGAGAGCAGCCAGAGGGUGUCGGAGCUGUUGGAGAAGGAAGAGCGGCUGGAGGAAAGGUGCCAGAGCCAAGCUCAGAGGAUUGGGCAGCUGGAGGCCCUCCGCCAGGAGCUCACGGAGGGCAGCCGGGAGCAGGCCCUCCAAUUGAAGGCCAGAGAGCGAGAGCUGCUGCUGUCCACAGAGAGCCUGGCCGGACAACGGCAGCUGAACGAGGGGCUGACGGCCCGGCUGGAGGCGCUGGAGGAGCACCUGCACCAGGGAGAGAUGGAGCGACGCUGCCUGCACAACGCACUGCAGGAGCUGAAGGGCAACAUCCGCGUCUUCUGCCGAGUGCGGCCCCUGCUGGCCAGCGAGAGGCAGGCUCAGAAGGCUGCCAGCCACCUGCGCUUCCCGGCCGACAACAACAAGAGCCUUGGGCUCUCCAGGACAGAGGAGUCCCACAUCGGCCGUGAGCGCAAGGAGGACGUGACCUACGACUUCCACUUCGACCGGGUGUUUCCCCCGUCCAGCUCUCAGGAGAGCGUCUUUGAGGAAAUCGCCCUGCUGGUCCAGUCAGCCUUGGACGGGUAUCACGUCUGCAUAUUCGCCUACGGGCAAACGGGCAGCGGAAAAACGUACACGAUGGAGGGCCCCGAGGACGCGGGCCCCGAGACGGCAGGUGUGAUUCCUCGGGCCGUGAGGCGGAUCUUCGAAACCUCCCGCGAGAUGGAGGCCAAGGGGUGGCAGUACCAAUUCACCGCCAACUUCCUGGAGAUCUACAACGAGUCGCUGCGGGAUCUUUUGGUGCUGCGGCCAGAGCAGAAUGGAGAGCUGGAGAUCCGGCGAGUGAGCCAGUACACCGAGGAGCUGCACGUCCCCAACCUCUCCUGUGUCCCCAUCUCUUCUGAGGUGGAGGUCCAGAGGCUGCUGCUGACGGCUAAGGCCCACCGCUCCGUGGCCAGGACCAACCUGAACGAGCGCUCCUCCCGCAGCCACAGCCUCUUCCAGCUCCGUGUGGAGGGCAGGAACGCCAAGCGGGGGCUCCACACCUCCUCUGUGCUGAGCUUAGUGGACCUGGCGGGCAGUGAGCGGCUGGACAAGUCCUUGUCCACGGGGGAGCGGCUGAAGGAGACCCAGGCCAUCAACACCAGCCUCUCCACCCUGGGCCUGGUCAUCAACGCCCUCAGCAACAAGGAGGCCCACAUCCCGUAUCGCAACAGCAAGCUGACCUACUUGCUCCAGAACUCGCUGGGGGGCAGCUCCAAAAUGCUGAUGUUUGUGAACAUCUCACCCCUGGAGGAGAACUUCGCGGAGUCCCUGAACUCCCUCCGCUUCGCUAGGAAGGUGAACGAGUGCGUCAUCGGCCAGGCCUCCAGCAACCGAAAGUAACCGGGCGUUUGUCUUCGUUAUUUUUUUUUUAAUUGUUUUACUGCUUUGUGUGUGUCUCUGUGUGCGUCUCUUUGGGUGGAGCUUUGAAACUUCUUCUGAAUAAAAAGGGGCGAAUCGC